AUGUUGCAUUACAUUGACACAAGGCUUCGUCAAAUCAAAGGCGUAAAAGAACCGUUCGGCGGUGUUUCAAUUCUUGCCGUCGGUGAUUUAAAUCACCUGCCUCCAGUAAUGGAUAAACCUAUAUAUAAAGCGCCAAAAAUAAAUCAAUUAAGUGAAUUGCUGGAUACCAACCCAUUGUGGAAUGAAUUUUACUAUUAUGAACUUAAUCAAAUAAUGCGUCAAAAAGAUGAAACCGAAAUUAUAACUUGUUUAAAUAAUCUUGCAGCCAGUGAUAUGACUAACUCAGAUAUAAAACUAAUAAAAUCUCGAGAAAUAUAUGAAAUUGAUGUACCGGAAAAUGCAAUCAGGCUAUUUGACAAAAAUGUUGAUGUUAAUGAUUACAAUCAGCAACGUAUUGAGAAUUAUCCAGGCAACGACUACAAUUCUAUAGCCAAAGAUAAAAUUGUAGGUAAAGCUUCAGAUUAUGUUAAGAAUAAAGUACUAAACGGUCUAAUAAAUAAAAAACUAUCCGAAACUGGCGGAUAUCCUUACAAGUUAUCUAUCAAAAAAGCGAUAAAAUAUAUGAUAACAAAUAACAUUGAUGUUGAGGAUGGACUGGUUAAUGGUUCAACCGGUUGUUUAAAACAUAUCACUUUCGAACCAAAUUCUGUAACAGAAACAGAAAAACUAUGGCUCGACUUUAAUUCUAGUAAAAUCGGCAAUAAAGCUCGAGCUCAAUACCUUGAGUGUAUGAAAGCACAAAAUAUAGAUAUUAAGUUGACGCCAAUUACUAAAAUUGGGCAUGUCCUAUAUUUAUCUAAGAAUACGGAAUAUCAAAUAAUCCGAAAACAAUAUCCCCUCACUCCAACUGUGGCAAUAAUAAUUCAUAAAAGUCAAGGUCAAACAUACGAUCAGAUUUGUAUAGAUUUCAAAAAAUGUCGAGCAUUAACAGUGUCUAUGACAUAUGUUGUUUUAAGUCGAGUAACAAAAUUAAGUGGAUUAUUUAUAAUCAAAUCGUUUAGAGUACCCAACGUUAAUAAAAAACUAAUGAAGUAUUGCAAGAAAUUUCUCGUUUGCACCUAG